GCCGCCAUGUCGGAGCCCGGCCACCUCGGGGUGAAGCGAGCCGAGUCGGCGAAGCUGCGGCGGGCAGAGCAGCUGAAACGCUGGAAGGGCUCCCUGACCGAGCUGGAGCCGGUGACGCCCGCCCGAAGCCGGCAUCGCGGCGGGCCCCGGGUCCGCUUCGAGGACGGCGCCGUCUUCCUGGCCGCCUGCUCCAGCGGGGACGCCGAGGAGGUGAAGCGGCUGCUGGCCCGCGGAGCCCGCCUCAACACGGCCAACGUGGACGGGCUGACAGCGCUGCACCAGGCCUGUAUAGAUGAAAAUCUGGACAUGGUAAAGUUCCUCGUAGAAUAUGGAGCCAAUGUAAAUCAGCAAGAUAACGAGGGCUGGACCCCACUUCAUGCAGUUGCAUCUUGUGGCUAUCUGAACAUAGCAGAAUACUUAAUAAGUCGUGGGGCUAACGUAGCUGCUGUAAACAGUGAAGGCGAAGUCCCAUCUGACCUUGCAGAGGAAGAAGCCAUGAAGGAUUUGCUGCUGGAACAAGUAAAGAAGCAAGGGACAGAUCUGGAUCAGGCAAGGAAAGCGGAAGAGCAACAAAUGCUGCAGGAUGCACGGCAAUGGCUAAACAGGCGGAAAAUUGAAGAUAGAAAACAUCCCCGAACUGGUGCCACUGCUCUUCACGUAGCCUCAGCUAAGGGCUACUCUGAAGUCAUGAGGCUCUUGAUUCAAGCUGGGCUUGAUGUGAAUGUCCAGGACAACGAUGGCUGGACUCCACUCCAUGCUGCUGCACACUGGGGAGUGAAGGAAGCUUGCUCUAUCUUGACUGAAGCACUCUGUGACAUGGACAUCAGGAACAAGCUGGGUCAAACACCAUUUGAUGUGGCUGAUGAGGGAUUGGUUGAACAUUUAGAGAUGCUGCAGAAGAAGCAGAACAUGCUGCGUAGCGAAGAGACAAGAAACAAGCUAAUUGAAGCUGAUAUGAAUGGCAAACUUCAAAGCGGACUCUUCAGAAACAAAGGGAAGAUUCUUUAUGAGCCAGACACAUUGAAAUCCCUAGACCAUGAAGAGGAGAAUAAAGAGUCCAGUAGCUCCAGCUCUGAGGAGGAAGCUGAGGAAGAUGAUGUUUCAGAAUCAGAUACUGAAAAAGAGGCAGAGAGAAAGGAAGAGUCUGUUGCUAACCACUCCAGUCAUGAGCCCCGAACUCUCAUCACUGAACAAGUGCCACCACCUGAGCAUAACACCUUCACUAUGGCUCCUGUCAGAAAAUUUACUGCUUCUUUGCUCAACAAAUCUGAAGAGCAAAAGGAUGAAUCUCCCUCUUCUUGGAGGCUAAGUCUGCGGAAGACUAGCAGUCAGAACACUCUAAGUGAAGGCACUGCUCCUCGUGAUGCACUGAAAGAUAAGGGUGGUUCUAUCUAUCGCUCUUCUUCAACCCCUCGAAUUUCUGCAUUAUUAGACAAAGAAAAGCAGGACAAGGACAACAAAAUUUAUUUUGCUUCAAUAGCCCCUCGAAGAUUAAAUAGUACUGGAGACAUGGAAGAAAAAGAAAACCGAGAAUCUGCUGUUACCUUGGUACGGAGUGGUUCUUAUACACGGCCACUAUGGAGGGAUGAACCAAAGGGAAAUGAAGCCCCUGCAACUGGUGCACCUUCCACCUAUGUAUCUACCUACAUGAAAAGUUCUUCAUUUGGUAGAAGUAGUGACCUCAGCAGUCCCUACAUUUCAGCCAAUCGCAAUUCAUCUCCUGCUACCUCACCCACUGUCCUUGGUUCACCUACCUCAUUGGGCACAGAGGGUCAACUUGCCUCUUGCCCUGCAUCUGUCAGUUCAAAUACUACAACAUCAGGCCGCCAGUAUACGAGAGCCCCAUACAGGCAGCAAACAGAUCCUGCUGUAGAGAAGAGCGUAGAAAGCAUCUCUUCUAGCAUUCCAUUAAGUGUCAUAACAAAUCUCGCUGUUCCCAGUACUGCCAACGGCGUCACAACUGCCAACUCAACAACUGGAACAGAGUCCUCUACUGGGGAUGCCAGGGAUCGGAGAAGGUCAUAUCUGACUCCUGUGCGGGAUGAAGAAGCAGAAUCCUUAAGAAAAGCAAGAUCCAGACAAGCUCGCCAGACCCGCAGGUCUACGCAGGGUGUAACACUGACAGAUCUUCAGGAGGCAGAAAGAACCUUUAGCCGAUCUCGUACAGAGAGGCAAACUCAGGAACAGCCAAGUGAAAAAUCUGAAAGAACUGAGACAACUGAAGAAAUCAAUGAGAAAGGGGAUGAGACUUCGGCAAGGGAACCCAGGGAGUCUCUCUCACGAUGGAGUAGGAACUUGGAUGAAGAAUCUGUCACUCAUCGAUUGAGGUGUCCAGCGCCAGACAAAGCUACAAGCCCCAUCUCUCCAACAGUAACCCCUUUUCUUUACUCAAGUUCUCAUCUGCCCAGAACAAGUAGAUCUAUAGCUUCAGACUCGGUGAACCCAGCAGACUUUCAAAGCACAUCUGUCGGUGAUAUGGAGAAAAAUGAAUAUGAGGACCAGGAUUUGGAUGACAGGUCUUCAAACAAGCAAUCAGUUCGCGAGAGGAGGCGACCGAAAGAGAGGCGAAGAGGCACAGGCAUCUCUUUUUUUACAAAGGACGAUGAAGAAAUGGGUGGUACUGAGGAGGCAAAGGAGCCCAGGCAUGAAAGACUUUCCAGGUUGGACGCUGCAAGUUCAACUGCUGGCACCAGUGAUAGCUAUGGUGAUCGGCCCUCAGGCCGCAGCAGUGCCUACACCAGGAGAGAGAAUCGCUUGGCCGCCCUCAGCAGCAGAACCGAGGAUGACAGUAGCAGGGAUUAUAAAAAACUGUAUGAGAGUGCCCUGGCUGAAAAUCAAAAGUUGAAGUCAAAACUACAAGAUGCCCAGGUGGAGAUUGUCGAUAUCAAAUCAAAGUUGGACAAAGUAGCACAGCAGAAGCAAGAAAAAACCUCUGACCGUUCAAGCAUGCUUGAAAUGGAAAAGCGGGAAAAACGAGCCCUUGAGCGGAAACUUUCUGAAAUGGAAGAGGAAAUGAAGGUUUUGACAGAUCUGAAAUCAGACAAUCAGCGGCUGAAAGACGAAAAUGGAGCCCUCAUCCGAGUCAUCAGCAAACUCUCAAAAUAGUGCACUGAGCAGAGGAUGAACGUAAAGAGAAGACGUCUGUGCAUAAACUGCCAACCCCACCCAUUUGCUUCUGAUCCUCCAGUUGAAAGAACAUCUGGAAUUUCAGAGAUGGAUCAGUCAGCCACGCCCUCCACUACCUUGCACCUUGCUGGGCUUUCUCAUAUUGCACAGUGUUUGUCCUUUGGCCCCUAAAUGCACACCAUAUCCAGCCACCAAUUUUAAUAUUUUUAGAACAUUGAAAUAAUCCCAUCAUUCAAAGGGACAAAGAAUUGGUUAGUUUCCUCUGAGCUACCCUACCAAUCUGCUGUAAGCCCUAUUUCCGUCCACCAUAACCCAAUGGAAAGAAGCAUCUACUGUAAUAAGUUAUAUAGAAAUGACUAUAUUGUGUUGAUCCAACAUGUCUUAAGGUGGUGGAGUAAAGUAUAGGGAAUGAGACUGAGAAUUGUCUUGAAGAUGUGUUUAGUUUCCUUUCUGGAAUUUGGGAGUCUGCAAUGCUGUGAAUGCCACAGUGACUUAUUUUUUCUGAGAGACUAUGACAACAGUUACUUGGCUUGGAGAUCCAGGUUCUCCAUGUGUUUCAGUAGCUGACUGACUUAUUUAAUGUAAGAUUUUAAAUCUAACUUAAC